AUGGUGGAUCUUAAUGAUACUAAUAAUGAUAUUCGUAUUGAUAUUUCGGAUGCACUUAGUGAAAAGGAUAAAGUUAAAUUUACCGUUCAUACAAAAACUACAUCGCCAAUAUUUCAAGAAUCGGAAUUUAAUGUUACACGUUUACAUGAAGAAUUUAUUUGGUUACAUGAUCGAUGUAAUGAGAAUGAAGAAUAUGCAGGCUUAAUUGUAAGUGUUGAUUGA